CACCCUAAAACGCGGCACUUCUAGUCGCCGUCAGCCGCCUCUGUUUCCGUUUCCCAUCUUCAGCCAUUGAAUCAUGUCUUCAAAAUGGCGAGCAUUGCAGCAUCGCCACCGGUAUACCUACGACGCCGUUGUAUUCCCGCAGUCGUACAUAGACUCUUUGGAUCAACUUCCUAUGGAUGGACCUCUUGGGAAAUUUCACCUCACUUUGAAAGAGCUCGUCUCUCUCACUUCAACUUAUGCUCAAAUCGAUCAUGUCAAAAAGGUAACCGCAGAGUUUAGUAGUUUGUUAGUUAAUGGACAAGAAGUAUUUGUUUCUCAGGCGGCUACAAUUUACUUGGAAAUUUUAUUUUUUGAAAAUUCGGUUUCUCUGCAUAAGGCUUUAGUUUUAGUCCUCGCAAAGAAACCAAAAUUUUCUAGCUUGGUUGGUAAUUGUUUGAGGUUGCUGUUUGAGGAUUAUGGUGGUGCAAAAGGAAAAGGGAAAAGGUUUUGUGCAUCACGAGUUGCUUUGUCAAUAAUGAGUUCUCCUAAGCUGGUUUAUUUGGUUGAUGUUGUUGAGAAAUGUGCUAUGUUAGUGGCUAUGGAUGUUGUUUGUGGUCUGAAAUCUGCUGUUUCUGAAACCAAUGAUGGGUCACGGCCUUCGCCUCUUGUUAUGGAGCAGUGCCAAGAGGCUUUAUCUUGUAUAUAUUAUUUGCUACAACGUUUCCCUUCAAGGUUCGGUGGUAUAACUCACUGUGAUAGUGAUAUGAUUCCACAGGAUUUUAGUAAUCUGGAUAUGAUCAUGAGUACGGUCUUAAGCAUUUUGAAAUCGUCUGCAUUUUCCAGGGACUCCCUUGUAGCUGCUGGAGUUGCCUUCUGUGCAGCUCUUCAAGUGUGUCUCAGUCCUGAAGAGUUGUGUCAGGUUAUAAUAGAAAAUAUAUUUCAUAAAAAAAAUUUGUGUUUCGGUAGUUGUUCUGAGAACAAACUUAAGGAUGGGACUUUGAAGGUAUCUUUGAAGUGGAAUCUAUAUUCUGAGAUAGAGGAUCUUUCUCCCUUGAGUAGGCUUUGCUUGAUAAGAGGUAUUCUGACUGCCAUUUCGAGGACAGUUCUUAAUGCUCAGUUCGUGGUAUUGAGAGAGGCCAAUUCUUUUUCAGCUGAACCAGAUACGGGCAUCCCAGUUUGGACCAUUCUCUACGAUGGUGUCUUUCCUGAGCUCUGCAACUACUGUGAGAACCCUACUGAUAGCCAUUCCAAUUUCCAUGCAUUAACUGUGAUGCAGAUCUGCUUACAACAGAUUAAGACCUCAAUAUUAACAGAUAUAGGAAAAGCAAAAGAAAAGUGUGGUCUGAUCUCAGAGGACAUGGGAGCUCGCAUAUUGAGUAUCAUAUGGAACAACCUCGAAGACUCCCUCAGCCAAACUGUCAAACAAGUUCAUAUGGUUUUUGAUCUUUUCCUGGAAAUCCAGUCUAGCCUCCACUGGUCUGUAGGUAGUGAUAAGGUAAAACUGGACAUGAGGACAAUUGCAUCGAAAUUGCUCCAAUUGGGACCACGUUGCAAGGGAAGAUACGUCCCUUUAUCUUUGCUGACAAAGAGGUUAGGAGCUAAGGAUUUACUAGAUAUGAGCCCUAAGUUGUUGUUGGAAACAAUUGAUGCGUACAAUGAAGAUGAUGUUUGUUGUGCUGCAACAACAUUCUUGAAAUGUUUCCUUGAAUGCUUGCGUGAUGAGUGUUGGAGUGUGCAUGGUAUUGAAAAUGGCUAUGCAGAAUAUAGGAAUCAUUGUCUGCCGCCAGUAUUGUUUGGUCUUGCUUCUGAGAGUUCUAAGCUUCGGUCAAAUUUGAACACCUAUGCUUUACCAGUUUUGCUUGAGCUGGAUGUGGAUGCCAUAUUUCCCAUGCUUGCUUUUAUUUCAAUUGGGUUAGAUGCAGAAGAGACUGAAUUGACCUAUCCUGGGCUGAACUGUGUUGUCUUGCCUCUCAGAGAGGAACAACAAGUGGCUGUUUCAGUUUCAUUGCUCAAGGUUUCUCGUUCACUUGGACUGAUUGAGGGAGACAUUGACUGGUAUAGUAGUUGCUUAAGAUCUCAUGAAGGCAGCAGAAAAGAUGCAGAUGAUUUUGCUGUCCUUUACAUGAAAGGGGUAAAGAUUAAAAUCCUAGUUAAGUGGCUAAUAGCGGCUCUCACACAUGUUGACGAAUCACUCCGUAUAGAUGCAGCAGAAUCUCUAUUUUUAAAUCCCAAGACAUCAAGCCUCCCAUCUUGUUUCGAACUCACACUGAUGAAAGAGGCUGUGCCAUUAAACAUGAGAUGUAGCACAACUGCUUUUCAAAUGAAAUGGACAAGCUUGUUUAGAAAGUUCUUCUGCCGGGUUAAGACUUCCUUAGAGAAGCAAAUUAAGCAGGGGAUUUGGACACCUGUUUCAAGCUUUAAUAAUAGUGAGUUAUCUCCAUCUAACAAGAUGGACGAAACUGUAAAUAAAGCAGAGGAUCUUUUUUCUUUUAUGAAGUGGCUGAGUUCUUUCUUGUUUUUCUCUUGCUACCCUUCUGCUCCAUAUGAAAGAAAAAUAAUGGCCAUGGAACUCUUAAUGAUUAUGCUUAAUGUUUGGUCUGUCAUCCCUUCGGUAGAAGAAAAUUGUGUUCCCCAUUUUUCUGCUCCUGAUCUUUAUCCUUACAGCCGCAGCCUUACAUUGCCUGGUUCAACUUUGCUGUUAGUUGGUUCAGUCAUUGACAGUUGGGAUCGGUUGAGAGAAAGUUCUUUCCGUAUCUUAUUACAUUUUCCUACACCGCUUCCUGGAAUUUCUAGUGUAGACAUGGUCAAAGAAGUAAUCAUGUGGGCUAAGAUACUAGUUUGUAGUCCUCGUGUUAGAGAAAGUGAUGCUGGAGCUUUAACAUUGAGGCUGAUAUUCAGGAAAUAUGUCAUUGAGCUUGGUUGGAUUGUCAGGCCUGCUACUAAUUUUGUGUAUGCUCAUUCACAUUUAGAGUUGCUUAGUGAGAAUGACCUAAACAAUCACUGCAAAUCCCCUGUGCUACAGUAUGUCAAAUCACUAAUCGAUUGGCUUCAUAUGGCUGUGGAGGAGGCGGAGAAUGAUCUUUCUGAAGCAUGCAAGAAGAGCUUUGUUCACGGCAUAUUGCUUGCUCUUCGUUACACUUUUGAGGAACUAGAGUGGGGUUCCAUCUCCAUCCUAUGUAAUAUAAGUGACAUGAGAAUUGCCCUGGAGAAGCUCCUGGAGUUAAUCAUGCAGAUAACAUCACUGGCCCUUUGCGUAGUUUCUGCAGAUGCUUGGUAUUUGCCUGGUGAUAUGGAUGACAUGGGUGAAGACGACGUUUUCUUGCCCAAUGCUCUUGAUGAGAUGGGUUCAUCUUUGUCUGCUUAUGAUUGUGGGGUUCAAAACUCAAAGUCUGGGCUGUACACUGGACCUAUCGAACAGAUUGUCAUGGUUGGCUGCUGGCUUGCGAUGAAAGAGGUGAGUCUUCUCUUAGGAACCAUAAUAAGAAAAAUUCCUUUGCCUACUUUGGAUGGGUCAAACAAUCAAGGACCAGUAUCUGUUGACGAUGAUGAUUCACUUGUGUCUUCUGAUUCUGUCCUUAAUCUGAAACAACUGGAGACAAUUGGGAAUCACUUCCUGGAAGUCCUUUUGAAAAUGAAGCACAACGGUGCCAUUGACAAGACCAGGGCUGGAUUUACUGCUCUUUGUAACCGUUUACUCUGUUCAAAUGAUCCCAGACUUUGUAAAUUGACGGAAGAUUGGAUGGAUCAGCUUAUGGAGAGAACUGUAACCAAGGGACAAACAGUUGAUGAUCUAUUGAGGAGAAGUGCUGGUAUUCCAGCAGCUUUCAUUGCUCUCUUCUUGUCAGAACCAGAAGGUACACCAAAAAAGCUACUUCCUAAGGCACUAAGGUGGCUACUUGAUGUAGCAACCAAGUCCCUGUGUUUAACUGAAGAGAGGACCUGGAAGAAAGGAUCAAACAUUAUUUUUUCCAAUAUAUCAAAUGAAACAAAUAUCUCCACUCCGUCACCUGACAUAAAUGUUAACGGAACAAACUCAAAAGUUCGUGAUGAGGGCGUUGUCCCCACAGUUCAUGCAUUCAAUGUCCUGAGAGCCGCCUUUAAUGACACCAACCUAGCAAUAGAUACAUCGGGAUUUUCGGCGGAGGCAAUAAUAAUCUCUAUACGUUCUUUUUCUUCUUCCCAUUGGGAGGUUAGGAACAGUGCCUGUCUUGCAUAUACUGCUCUUGUUCGUCGCAUGAUUGGAUUCCUUAAUGUACGGAAAAGAGAGUCUGCUAGACGUGCAUUGACAGGCCUUGAAUUUUUUCACAGGUACCCAUUGCUGCAUACAUUUUUACUUGACGAACUGAAAGUUGCGACAGAGCUGCUUGGCGACGAAGACUCCAGAUGUCCAGACUCAAACUUGGCCAACCAUCUGCACCCCAGUUUGUGCCCAAUUUUAAUUCUGUUGUCUCGAUUAAAACCUUCCUCCAUGACAAAUGAAACAGGAGAUACCCUGGACCCCUUCAUAUUCAUGCCUUUCAUAAGGCGGUGCUCCAUCCAAAACAACUACAAAGUUCGUGUUCUUGCAUCAAGAGCUUUGGUAGGUGUGGUCUCGAAUGAGAAACUGCACACUGUUCUACUCAAUAUUGCACUGGAGUUACCAACUGAAGCGAGCCAGACUCUUCCUUCCUUCAAUUCAAUUCACGGGGCACUUCUGCAGCUAACCUCUCUUCUGGCUACUAAUUGUUGCAAUAUAGUUGAUUGCUCUAAGAAAGAUCAGAUAAUAGGGGAUUUGUUCCAAGUCCUUGGCAGCAAGUCUUGGAUCGGAAGCCCCAAGUCCUGCCAUUGUCCAACCCUCAACGGUUCUUUCCUCAAGGUGCUGGAUCACAUACUCAGUAUUGCAAGGUCAUAUUCCACUAGUAAAAAUAUUGUGCCUGUAUGUAAUGCCCUCAGAGAUUUAUCUUCAGAAUGUUUGGGUCGUCAAAUAAAAUGUGGACAACCUUAUUACGAUCCCACUGUGAUUGAAUUGCACAAGCAAGCUACAAGUUCCUAUUUGAGUUGCUUUUUUCAAGUGUCUAAAGAAAGGGAAGACAAAUUUGUGAUUCCAGACAAAUGCUCACCAUCUGCAUCACACUUGGCAAUUAUUCCUGAUACAGGGGCUUCCUUUUCCACAUUUUCACAAACAUUAGUAUCUUUAAUGUCGAAUGCAUCAUAUGAAGUUCGAACCGUGACAUUGAAGUGGUUUUUUCUCUUCCUUAAAGAUGCAGACCAUGUUGACUUCUCAAAUUGGAUUGGUACUAAUUUCCAAGAAACUCUUAUGAAUCUUUUAGCAGCUGAGAAGAACCGGAAAUGUGUUAGUUAUAUUCUAAGGAUUCUUUUCACUUGGAAUUUACAAAUCAGUGGCGAAUUCCAACAUUUUGGUAACAUGGAUUACGAUUCGGUGCUUACGUUUUGGAAUAAUCUAGUAUCUUUAUACAAGUCCACGAGACACGCAAAGACUAGAGAGGCACUGAUUUGUUGCAUGGGAAUAUGUGUGAUGCGCUUCUCGUUUCUGUUUGCAAGUUCAACACUCUCUACCUCUGGGAAAGCUUCUGUGCUCAUUGAACCUGGUCAGUGCGAACAAGUGCAUCGGCUAUACGAGUGUGUAGAAUUUUAUACCAGCCUAAUCCAACAACAUAGUUCUUCAUCAGAGCCUCUAAACAUGCGGAUGGCAGUUGCAGAAUCAUUGGCUGCUUCUGGUUUGCUUGAACAUGCGACAUUGUUUGGAUCUUCCGUCUUCAACAGAAAAAUCCCUUCCGAACAUCCAAGUGUCCAUUUUGAAACGGAAGAGGCUGUCAAUCAUUACACACUCAAAUUGAUAGAUUUAUGGUUUACUUGUAUUAAGCUUUUGGAGGAUGAGGAUGUGGGUCUCAGAAGGAGGCUAGCUAGUAAUGUCCAGAAAUGCUUUAGGUCGAAGCAUUCUGGUGAAUUUAUACAGACUGCAAUGGUUCCUUCUCAAGUAGAAAAAGUGAUUGAGAUGUGCUUUGAGCAUUUAUCUUCAACUUUUAGUGAGUGGGUUCCCUACUAUAACUAUCUUUGUGGGUUGGUUCUGAAAGAUGCAAGCUAUGUAAUGGAAAAAGGAGAUCUUGUUAGACGGGUCUUUGACAAAGAGAUAGAUAAUCAUCAUGAAGAGAAGCUGUUAAUCUGUCAGAUAUGCUGUUGUCACUUGGAGAAGUUUCCUAUUUCAAAAAUCCUGGCAGAGUUCUCUGAUCAACAAGCUGCCAGAACAUUCUUAUAUGACUGGAGAUCAAAAUUCAUGCAUCAGGUUUUACAGUUUUCAGGUGAUUGUCGUGACAAGGAGGGACAAAGCUCGGAUAACUGGAUUGGCGGGGCUGGAAAUCACAAGGAUGCGUUUCUUCCAAUGUAUGGAAACCUCCUUGGCUUUCAUACUCUGUCUUGCGCGAUUUUGAACUGUUAUCCUGAAACUGGCAAGCCUAUGCUAGCUGAUGUUGUUCAACUUGGAGAAAUGAUCAAUCCAUUUCUCCAGAACCCAUUAAUUCUUGGUUUGUAUUCAAACAUCAUUAAGAGGCAUGAGAGAACAAUUGAUGAAUCUGCUAACGACCAUUUGUUGGAAACAAGCUGGGAUGGAUUUGAUCCAUAUUUUUUGGUCAGAUGAAACUGUUAGAUAGAAUAUUUAUUAGAGGAGGAGGAGCUGACUGCAACUUUCUACCACUGGCCGGCACAACAAGUAAGUAGGAAACAUCACUUUAUUUUGCUCAUUAUGAAGAUAGAUACAUCAGUGUAUUUGAUAAAAA